CCCUCCGAUGCAAGUGCAUGUGACGCAGUCCUGCGCUUCUGAUGUGUCACUCGUUGUAGUUAAUGCUUUUGUCCUCCGUAUUAUAUUUCUUGUCAUUCUGCUAUGAUGAUGCACAGCUCCCUCUACUGAAUAAUAGUGAGGAUAACGCUUGGCAUGUAUCGAACCUAAAACCAUGGCCGACACUGAGCAGUUUGGCAAAAUUGAACGUCCCACUCUGAGUCCUACACGAAAGUAUCGGUCCCUUCUCCAGGUUGGUCAGUUGACGUUAAUUGUAAUGUUGUUUUGUGAGGUGUGUCCUUGAACCUCUUAACCAGCUUUGCACUCCCAAGGAUAUGAGGAUACUCUCCCCAAAUGAUCGAAUCUGAUUCGAACUAAGCGUUUAUGCUCGAAAGAGCCAAGCCAGAAAUCUGAUCCUGACUACUGCUCUUUCUAUGUAAUCCUACCAGAAGACUGUGAUGAUGAACUUCUAGGCUUGUUUCUCGAACAUUCGCAGUGGCCGCCUAAAGCUUUCGCCCUGUCGGGCUUGAGAGUUAAUGAAGCUUCCAAAUCUUCCUUGGAUAUCUGAGACUUCUGGUUUGUCAGUUCGUGGUGCAUGACUAUGAUUUUAAAAUUCCCGCGCUUCCGAGGGCUUGCCCCUUGACGUCACCAGGACAAACGGUUGAAUUUCUUUAGAUGAGUUGCGCACGAUUCUAUGUCUUCUCCUUUGAAAUACUUACCGUAAUACUUAUCCAUCUUUCCCUGGCAGUUCAUUAUUUCGUACCCCUCAGCCCGGAGGUCUGAACUCACAGUUCACACACGAUGUUCCUGCAAGUAACCGGCAUGCGGCCCCGUGCGAGGGAUGGCAGUUGCCACAAUGGGCCCUUGGACCCCACACUCUUAAUCCAAGUUUUUGAGAACUGAAACAUUGAUCGGAAAUCUGUACUCACUAUAAUCAAGCUCAACUCAGGGAAAUACCCGAACCCUGCUGUGUCACAUUAAAGUCAUUCUUGUACCAUACACUGCGCUCACUUGUAGCAUGAUAUCAUAUAGUGGUAACAUCAACACAGAAAUGAUUGGUCAAGAAUAUCAAUAGAAUCACUGUUGCUUAAAACCCACAAUUUGUAAUAGCUGAUGAAAUAAACGCAUGAAAAGGGUGUCGGAUAAGUACACAUGAAUCUUAAUCAGCGGGACCUUACGUUCUUACUUAAUCCACCUCUUCUCAGUCACAUUGGCACAGUGCAAUUGGGCAUGCACGAGACGACGAAUCGUCCUUAAGUUGGGGUUAGGGUUCAGCAUCAAAAAAGUGCGUGAAGAGACAUGAGACGAACAGACACUACUCUCACAAAAUUUCUUAGUGAAAUAAUGUCCGGUUUUAAUCAGCACUUGGCUGAUAGCAAUUUGUAAUCCGUCUGAGCUGACUUGGUGUCACCCAUUUAUGAAAUGUAUCUGACCCCUGAAAAUCUGCACCCAAUAACUAAACGACGGAAAUUUCGUUGGUCCAGACCUGCAUACUCGUCUACCUUUCGUGGGCACUCGACCGUUGGGAGAGGUCAUCGGAACGAUCCAUGUGUGCUUUUAUUCGUUGAGAUCUGGUAGCCGUUACUCCGCUUUCGUCGACAAGAACAGUGUCCUGGGGGCUUCUCUGUCUCCUUCACAGACAUGGCGUAGGAGGGGACUUGGCUGCGCUUACUUUAUCUACUGCACCUCGGACUCUGUUGCACUAGCGACAACUUCUGUGUGUGACGAUUGCUCCAUCAGACAAUGCUUAAUUUAAUCUCGUGUUUUCUUCGAGUAUUUCUCUCACGAUCUGCAGCUGGCGCUUCUACACCUGGAGUCAAACUCCUUGGUGAGGUGGUGUAAGAGUUUUGGUGAUAUCUCCCGAACCUGCAUUUGUGGGGGGAGUGAUUUUGUGUGUAUUUUUCUUGAGAGGUUUAGUGUGAAUGUUGCGCUGGUGCAUGGACUUAUUAACGGGACUGUAUGUCUCGUAUUUGUCUGAAGUCCCGGUCAUGAGCUGUAGGCGUUAUUGAACGGUGGUAGGGCGUCUGAUGAGUGGGAUGCCGGUGAGGUUGAUGGUUCACAAUGCAGGGAUGAUGCUGCUUUCGGCCACCCUAAGUGCAGUGCAUUUGCUUGGUAGUGCUUUCGCAUUCUUCUGUGGGUAGUGGAUCAUCUGGAAUCAGCACAUUUGGUGGGUGAGUUGAAGAAUGAACUAGGUCAAGCGUCUUAGUAGACGAACAGUUGUAGGCAGAGAACUGAAAUGGGUUUCCUGGAUGUUUUCUCGGAGAAACGCAACAUGAGAUACCAGAGAGGAGAAAAGGUACACCCCGCUUCCUUCGACAAUUUGCCAGCGUCCUCCAUUCGAACUUCCUCCGCCGCUCUAGGUACGCCUUCGAAAGGAUCAUCCGGAAAGUCAAAGAGAGAACCACCCAUGGGUUGGGACAAAGCUGGUGGAUUCCCCAACCUCCCUCUGCCACCGCCUGCUACUCAGGGCAGACCACGUCGGAAACCUUCAUCUUCAUGCUCUGUUUGCUACUGCUUAUCCCUCUUCUUCUCUUUUCUUAUCAUCAUCAUCAUCCUAGCAGGCCUGACCAUAUUAAUAUUCUACAUUAUAUUCCAACCGAGGCUUCCCAAAGCCACCAUCCUGAAUGUCGUCGUCACAAGCUUCAACGUGACUAACAAAAAUGGCGGACCCAUCGCAUCUCUGGCUGACUCACAGAACCCUGUUCUUAAUGCGAACAUUGCCUUCACCAUCCAAGUCGAGAAUCCUAACGAUAAGCUCGGGAUCCACUUCAGGGAUUUGAGCGUGUUUGUGUCGUACAAUGGCACGCAAUUUGCUCACAGCUUCGUACCCCCCUUUUAUCAAGGAAAAAAGACGAAGUCUGAAGUGAUAGCUAAUUUGAAGGCCACGAGUGCCCCACUGUCUCAGAGUCAGGGGCAGGAUUUGCAGGCUGCAAUCGGCCAAAAUGAUAUUCCUCUCUCUGCACGGAUCACCGUUGGGGCAGCGCUGGAGAUAGGUUCGUGGAUAAUACCGCCUGGCCAUAUUCAGGUUUUGUGCCAACUGCGGGUGAGUCCCCCAACGUCUCCUGCUGGUGCCAAACUCCUAUCUAAAUCCUGUAAGUGGGUGCGUAAUGCGAAGAUCUGAAUCCUUCAAGCCCGUGGGCCUUCAACCUGAGUAUCAUCAAGAUCUUGAAGGGUUUACAAGCAAGGAUUCAAAGCCAAAAGCAGCACCACGACGGAGUGAAGUGUGAACACGAUGAUCAAUCGAUCAUUAUCUCCUUCUGGGCCAGUGCUAGAGGCCAGUGCACAACUUUUGGACAUGUCCUGAAAAGAGUUGAGCUCUUUUGCAGCUCCGCUGGGAGUUGAGCUCCAUCUGAAGAUAACACCUAAGUGGCAAGAUAGAUAACUCCCUCACUUAGUCUCCUCUACACAGAUGGUUCUUCCAGGAAUGAUUCCUUGUUUUUUUUUUUUUUUUUUUUUUUUAAUUUUUAUUUUAUCAAACUAACAUUUCCUAUAAUGUCCCUGCUCGAAACCGUCUUUGUCGAAUACAACCGUCAUGCGUCUGACGUCGUGCACUACAUUGGAGUCGUUUGGCUGGUCUUCACCUUGUGCUCUGAAUUGUUAAUGAAGCUGAUGCUGCAUUUUGAAACUUCAGGCUUUUACACCCAAGACCCUGACCAUAGAUCUCAAGGUGACAUAAACGUGUGCAAUUUUUCUGUGAUCAAAACACAUUGUCGUUUUUUGUUCUGUAGCUCAGUGUCGAAUUCUAGCAGCUGCUUAUGUGUAUUCUAUUAUUUUUACCUGAAGGGUAGCAGAUGAUCUGCCAAUUUUUUAGCAUGCCUUCCACGAGCUGUACCUUUUCCUUGUCAAACUAGAGACGAUUUCUGUACUUGUACUCAUUAAUGCAAACCUUUCAUCUGGGAGUUUUCAGGCUAUCCCGUUCUAGUA